CGGAGCUAUUUCAAAACCCCGUUUUUCUUUCUCAAUUUCAUGUAUAGAGUACCGAAUCCCCGCUUGAACUCGUUAUCCGACCCAAAUACGAGACCAAUGCUCAUGCGUAAUUCGUCAGCAAAAUGCCGCAUGGGACUAUAAAGCUACCCUUGCAAGCAUAAUUUCCAGAUUAUUUACUUCUAUAGAGCCCAUUGAUAUCAUUCUCGCUACUCAAAUUUUUUCAAUUCACCUAGGCAAUGACCUCACAACCAGACGAGAACAACAUCCCGUCCUGCUUCACAGACACGCACGGCGUAAUAACCGUCACAACCAACGAUGUCCCCGGAUACAUAAUCACAAAACCACUAGGAACAGUGUACGGGCUUACCGUCCGAGCGCGCAACUGGGGCGCAGAUCUCGGCGCGAUCGUUCGGUCCGCGAUUGGCGGCGAGCUGCGUCCGUUCACGACGCUUAUGUAUAGAGCGCGCAAUGAGGCUGUUGAGAGGCUGGUGGGCGAGUGUAUGGGUCGUGGUGGGAAUGCGGUGGUGGCGAUGCGUUUUGAUAUAGCGAGCUUUGGGGCUUGUGUGCAGGUGUGUGCUUAUGGGACUGCUUGUUUUGUUGAGAGGGAGGGAGAGGGGGAGUGUAAGGUAAAGGUGGCAAGUGGUGGUGACAGUGGGAGUAUUCCGAAUAGGAUAUAAUUGAGGAAAUGCGCAGUGGGUGAAGGGCGUACCAAGUAGCAAGUAUGAACGAGGAAUGGAAGAUGGAUUUGGACCAUGGUCCCUUUAAGGCGGCCUAUGCGUGGGCGUUGGACUUGAUACCCAGUUAUGAUAUACUUCCACCCUUGAACUACAUCUGGAGAAAUACUACGGAUGAACUGAUAAGAUGUUGAGAGAAGCGUGCGUUGCAUUGUACAUGAGUAUGAUACAAAACAAACAGGACAUGAGUACGAGAUACAUAAAAUGGCCACUAGGGUCUUAUAAUGCGAACGCUCUCAAC